GGGUAUCUGGGGGGGGGGGCGGCUGAGAGAAAGCUUGGCGACCCUGCGUGAGGGGGACCUGGGGAAGCCCACACGGCGCCCUGCCCUUCUCCGGAGCGCUCGGUCCUGGGGCUCCGAGUUGGGCAUUUCGGGUCAAAGUGACGAGCGAGGCGGGGGCGCGGUGGGCCGCUGGCGAACUCCGGGGAGGAACGAGCUGCCCUUUGGCGCCCGAGGGGUUCUCGCUGUUUCCUCAGCUCCUGCGUCCUGGCGGCCCUCCGGGGGAUCUUAUCCUUCGCGGUGACGGAGAAGAUAGCUCGUUGAGCUGGAACCCCACAGAUCACCAGUAAAAAUGAAGGCGGCGGAUGAGCCUGCCUAUCUGACAGUGGGAACUGAUGUCAGUGCCAAGUACCGAGGUGCCUUCUGUGAGGCAAAAAUUAAGACUGUGAAAAGGCUGGUAAAAGUUAAGGUACUCUUGAAACAGGAUAAUACUACACAGUUGGUGCAAGAUGACCAAGUAAAGGGUCCUUUAAGAGUUGGAGCUAUUGUUGAAACAAGGACAUCUGAUGGAUCCUUUCAGGAGGCUAUUAUCAGCAAGUUGACAGAUGCUAGUUGGUACACUGUGGUGUUUGAUGAUGGUGAUGAAAGAACACUGAGACGCACUUCACUUUGUCUAAAAGGAGAGAGACAUUUUGCUGAGAGUGAGACACUUGACCAGCUUCCCUUAACAAAUCCAGAGCAUUUUGGAACUCCAGUAAUUGCGAAGAAGACAAACAGAGGAAGGAGGUCUUCCCUUCCUGUUAAUGAAGAUGAAAAAGAAGAAGAAAGUAGUGAGGAAGAAGAUGAAGAUAAGCGACGUCUCAAUGAUGAAUUAUUAGGAAAAGUUGUAAGUGUGGCAUCUACAUCUGAGAAGACUGAUUGGUAUCCUGCCUUGGUAAUAUCUCCCAGCUGUAAUGAUGACAUCACAGUGAAAAAAGACCAGUGUUUAGUUCGAUCGUUUCUCGAUUCUAAAUUUUAUUCUAUAGCAAGAAAAGAUAUCAAGGAAGUAGAUAUUCUCAGUCUACCUGAAUCUGAGCUCUCUGCUAAACCAGGGCUACAGAAAGCAAGCAUCUUCUUAAAAACUAGAAUUGUUCCUGAUAAUUGGAAAAUGGAUAUAAGUGAAAUCCUUGAAUCAUCCAGUAGUGAUGAUGAAGAUGGUCCAGCUGAAGAAAAUGAUGAAGAGAAGGAAAAGGAGGCCAAAAAGGAAGAAGAUGAGGUGCCUGAGGAAGAACUUGAUCCUGAAGAGAGGGACAACUUCCUCCAACAGCUUUAUAAGUUUAUGGAAGACAGAGGUACUCCAAUCAACAAACCACCUGUUUUGGGCUAUAAAGAUCUCAAUCUCUUCAAACUCUUUAGACUGGUUUAUCAUCAAGGUGGAUGUGAUAAUAUUGAUAGUGGUGCUGUAUGGAAGCAAAUUUAUAUGGACCUUGGCAUUCCUAUUUUGAAUUCAGCUGCUUCCUACAAUGUAAAAACUGCUUAUAGAAAGUAUCUCUAUGGUUUUGAGGAAUACUGCCGUUCUGCAAAUAUUCAGUUCAGAACUGUUCACCAUCAUGAACCAAAAGUAAAAGAGGAAAAAAAAGACUUAGAAGAAUCAAUGGAAGAGGCUCUAAAAGUAGAUCAAGAAAUGCCUUUAGUAGAAGUGAAGAGUGAACCUGAGGAAAAUAUUGAUUCAAACAGUGAAAGUGAAAGAGAAGAAAUAGAAUUAAAAUCUCCAAGAGGACGAAGGAGAAUAGCUCGAGAUGCACAUUCUAUUAAGAAAGAAAUUGAAGAAGAGAAAACAGAAGACAAAUUAAAAGACAAUGAUACAGAAAAUAAGGAUGUAGUCGAUGACUAUGAAAUCGCAGAGAAAAAAGAAAAUGAACUACUGGGGAGAAAAAACACACCAAAGCAAAAGGAGAAGAAAAUUAAAAAGCAGGAGGAUUCUGAUAAAGACUCAGAUGAAGAGGAAGAGAAAAGCCAAGAGAGGGAAGAAACUGAAAGCAAAUGUGACUCUGAAGGGGAGGAAGAUGAGGAAGACAUGGAACCCUGCCUAACAGGAACCAAAGUGAAAGUAAAAUAUGGUCGAGGGAAAACGCAGAAAAUCUAUGAAGCCAGUAUUAAAAGCACUGAAAUUGAUGAUGGAGAAGUUUUAUACUUGGUACAUUAUUAUGGAUGGAACGUCAGGUAUGAUGAAUGGGUAAAGGCUGACAGGAUAAUCUGGCCUUUGGAUAAAGGUGGACCAAAGAAAAAACAGAAGAAAAAAGCGAAAAAUAAAGAGGACAGCGAAAAGGAUGAAAAGAGGGAUGAGGAGAGGCAGAAGUCAAAACGAGGACGACCUCCUUUAAAAUCGACACUUUCAUCGAACAUGCCAUAUGGUUUAUCUAAGACUCCAAACAGUGAAGGAAAAUCAGGUACCAGAAGUGCUCGCAGCAAUAUGCCAGACAGCUCACCUCUGUCAAAUGGAAUGGAAGACUCUUGCUCAUCGGAUAGUGAAACAGAAGACCUUUUAGAAAAGAAUUUGAUGAAUGAAGAUCUUUCUCCUGAUGGUAAAGAACUAGAAAAAAAUGAAAAUUUAAAUGAUGAUAAAGUAGAUGAAGAAAAUCCAAAGAUUGCUGCACAUAUAUUAAAAGACAAUGAAAGGAUACAAAUGCAGCCGUUAGAAACACUGAAGUUAGAAGUUGGAGAGAAUGAACAAAUAGUACAGAUUUUUGGAAGUAAAGUGGAACACAUAGAAGAAGUUAAGAAAGAGGCUGAAAAAUCUCCUAAGGGAAAGGGAAGACGAAGCAAGACAAAAGACCUUUCUUUAGAAAUUAUAAAGAUUUCAUCAUUUAGCCAGGAUGAAGCGGGAAGUGAACCUCAUAUAGAAACUCAGAGUCUAGAAUUUUCUUCGUUAGACAGUAAAAACUUCUCUUCUACUACUGAAGAUGAAACUGACCAAUGUGCAAAAGAAAAAAAGUUGAAACGGAAAAUACUGGGACAAUCAUCACCAGAGAAAAAAAUACGAAUUGAGAAUGGAAUGGAAAUGACCAACAGCUUAUGUCAAGAAAAGACCAGUGACUGUGUUGCAUCUGAGGGAAUGAAAAACUUAAAUUUUGAGCAACAUUUUGAAACAGAAAAUGAAGGAAUGCCAUCAUUAAUUGCAGAGUCAAACCAACGCAUUCAAGAAUUGACUAGUGAAAAAUUUGACAGUCCCGCUGAAGAAACUGUAAAUACUCCACGGAAAGAAGAAGAGGAUGCAAUGCCUCUGAUUGGACCUGAGACUUUGGUUUGCCAUGAAGUCGAUCUGGAUGAUUUGGAUGAGAAGGAUAAGACCAGUAUUGAAGAUGCAGUAGUUGAAAGCUCUGAGUCUAACUCUCUUGUUUCUAUCCCACCUGCCCUUCCUCCUGUAGUACAGCAUAACUUUUCAGUAGCUUCACCACUUACUCUCAGUCAAGAUGAGUCUCGCAGUAUAAAAAGUGAGAGUGACAUAACCAUUGAAGUUGAUAGCAUUGCUGAAGAAUCCCAAGAAGGUCUCUGCGAGAGGGAAUCAGCGAAUGGGUUUGAAGCCAGUGUUGCCUCUGGUACCUGUAGUAUAAUUGUUCAAGAAAGAGAAAACAGAGAGAAGGGUCAGAAAAGGCCAAGUGAUGGAAAUAGCGGAUUAUUGGCAAAAAAGCAAAAGCGUACCCCAAAGCGAACAAGUGCUGUAGCCAAAAGUGAAAAGAAUGGAACAGGACAAAGUAGUGAUAGUGAAGAUCUUCCUGUCCUGGACAAUUCAAGUAAAUGUACACCAGUAAAGCAUCUUAGUGUGUCUAAGCCACAGAAGCUUGCACGAUCUCCUGCAAGAAUUUCCCCUCACAUCAAAGAUGGAGAAAAGGAUAAACACAGGGAAAAACACCCGAAUUCAUCCCCUAGAACAUAUAAAUGGAGCUUUCAACUCAAUGAAUUAGAUAAUAUGAACAGUACAGAGCGAAUCUCUUUUCUCCAAGAAAAAUUACAAGAAAUCAGAAAAUAUUACAUGUCUUUGAAAUCUGAAGUUGCAACCAUAGACAGGAGGAGGAAAAGAUUAAAAAAGAAAGACAGAGAAGUGUCUCAUGCAGGAGCCUCCAUGUCAUCGGCUUCGUCAGACACUGGAAUGAGCCCCUCAUCCUCAUCUCCCCCACAAAAUGUACUGGCUGUAGAAUGCAGGUGAUGAACGUUUUCUCUGCCUUCCCAGCAGUUUGCUGCCAUGGACAUAAAUCCCAAAAUCCUGAAAUACAACCACAGAAAGCACUCAACUGGUUUGACAUUGCUAAGUAUAUCCUGUAUACCUUUCCAAGCUGGAUUGUAUCUAUUCCCUCUUUUUUCUUUUUUUCUGUUGCAAAAAAUAAGCUGAUUAAUAAUUGAAGGUUAGGCAGCCUGCCAUAUUUGUCAUAAUUUUUCCUCUUUAACUUUUUUUCAUUUUUCGUGAAGAUAGAAAAAGGGCACUUAGCAAAUUCAAUUUGUAUAAUAAAGCUUUCAAAUGUUAUAGAAAUCAUAGACGAGCAAGUGCACAUGAUAAACAUCAAAAUAUUAUCCAGCUGAGUAGUGACUGCUGCACUUUCACUGAGAUGUAUUUGAACACUUGGUGAGUAGGGGGUUUAUGUUGUUUUUUUUUUACUUGUUUUUUUAUUUUUGUGGAAGCACUUGCUAUUUAGAACUGCCAAAGUAUAUGUUCAGCAGUGUGCCCAGGUUUAAAGGUGUAAAUGGGACAAAAUAAAUUGUGAAAGGAAGUGUAGUUGACUGAAAACUACAGUUGUAAUAAGUCUUCCACUUUUUAUAGGAUUUUUGAGCACACAAUUAUGCAAAUAUUUUAAUGUUUAUUAAUGUUUACAGUGGAAUUGUGAAUAAGUUUUCAGUGGACUAUCUUAUCCCUUGACAAAAAUAUUUUGUCUUUUUUCUAUGUAAUUUCAGAGUUUUUAUUUUGUUACAAAAAGACAAAAAUGAAAUAUAUAACAACAAUGAAGUUAUUUAACAAGAUUUCUAAAGCUGAAAAUUUUGUGUAAAAUAAGGUAUUAUCUUGCAACUUGUUAAAUAUAUUUAUUCAGACAUUGGAUGUUGUAUUUUUAUGUAUUUUUUAAAAUAUUAAUAAAAUUGAAAAAAAGAAAAUUCUAGGUUAAUUCACUCUUUGGAUGACAAUAGCUCUCAGCUGUCCCUUUUACAGGAGGUUGCAUCCAGUAGCUUUGCCUGUAUUGAAGGGAGUCUGUCUCAUUCCUUCAAACAGUAUAGAACUAUAAAUGGGCAUCUGGAUCAUUAAAGUAUGUCCUCGUUUAGAAACUUUGGCAGUCCUAGUGUUUAAACUUUUUUGAGGAUCAAAUUUUUGGUUGCCCUUAAGAUACUUUGUCAUAGUUUUUAUGUUUGCUAUACUGCCGAAUAAAUUUCUAUCUCCCAAAGUUGAGAUGCAACAACUAAGUAAAGCAACUAUGUAUGCUUUGUCUGUGAAUUGUUCCACAGACUGAUACAUUUUGUAAAUAAUUCCAAAAUCAUGUAUUUAAAGCAUUUUUGCCAUAUACAUUAUGUAAAAAGGUGAUUUUUUAAAAUCAGUUUUUAAAUUCAUGUUUGUACAUUGAAAGGGGUUUUUUUUAAACCUCCUUUUCUGUGUUUAGUAUGCUGUAGAGUAAUAACCUAGAUGCUCUAGACUGUAUAUCAGGAUCUGAUUUACAAGAACAAAGUCAGAGCCAAACACUAGUGAUGGCAUAGCAUUACCGAAAUCAUUGUUUCUUAAUUUCAUUUUACCACAUUGUGAACUUGUGAUUCAGAUUCCUUCCAUUUUCGCAGAGAAUUAAAAAGAAAAAAGUACUCUUGUAAAAUGCACUUUUUUGUCUUUUCUUUGCAAAGCAGAAGUAUUUCAAUGUAAAAUAAAAAUGGAGCUCAGUGGGCAGUAUUAAUAAAGGCCAUGUUUUAAACAUAGGCUUUAUAUUUUUA